UUUACAAUUAUUAUUUCUCUAACUGAAAUUUCCAAAUUAUAAAGAAUUGUUGCUUUUUUUUCAUGUUUAAUUUUAUCAUAAAAUAAAAAUGAUAUUAUUGAAAUAUCUGAGUCCCAGGAAUUUAAGAGAGAAAUUUUCUGAUCUCAUUGAAGGCCUUAUCGAUUCUCUAAGAUCCACUAAUACGACCAGCAAUAUUGCUGAAUGCGGCAAGAAUGUAUAUUUUCAAAGGCAACAACAAAAUUUAUCCGAUUAUAUAGUGAGCAGUCCAUGGCCGGAUAUCGAUUUACCGCACCCUUCCACCAAGAUUUCGGAUUUUAUGUUUCAAGCUUUCGAAAAAUAUGGAGACAGAAAAGCUCUGGUUGAUUCUUUAACCCACAAAUCCUUGAGUUUCAAAGAUUUGCUGGAAAAGAGCAAGCGUAUUGCCGGAUCCCUAUCUCUGAGAAACAUUUCCCUCGGCCAUAGAGCAGCCAUUAUAGCCCAAAACACGCCAGAUUUUUUACCCGUUUUUCUCGCGCUCAAUAAAUUAGGAGUUACUAUAGCUUUGAUAAGCCCCCUAUCUACCAAGGACGAAAUCGAGUAUUAUUUAAACGAGACAAAAAGUCAAACUAUCUUUGCUCAAUACAGCUUAUUACAUACCGUGCGCGAUGCCUUAAACCAAGUCCCGUCAUUCAAACAAAACCAUUUAUUUUGCAUGGAGCCGUUGACACAAUCGUUCAAGACUUUACUUGAUCCGAUCAAAAUCACCAAAAGUUACCCCGUUAAAAACGAAACCGUUUUUGAUAUUUUACCCAAGAUAUUUACCGUCUCUGAUUUAUGCCGCGAAAAUUUGAGCACGUUCAAAACCAAUAUCCCAACACAGAAAGUGGCAGUUAUACCAUUUUCCAGCGGUACAACAGGGAAGCCAAAGGGUGUCAUGCUUACUAACUCUAAUGUGGUGGCCAAUAUCCUACAAUCACAGUGCGUCAUCGAUCAAACCAUUUACAGAGUUGUGAGUGGUCUGUUGCCCUUUUUCCAUAUAUACGGCUUCACUGUAAAUCUCCUGAAUACAUUAUCCAUGGGUAAUACCGUUGUCACUUUUUCAACACUGGAACCGAGCGUUUAUUUGAAUGGCUUAGAGAAAUAUAAAGUAUCAUUUUUGUUCAUUGUACCUACAGUGGCCCAAUUUUUGAUCAAUUAUCGAUAUCUGAAUAAAUUCGAUCUUUCAAAUGUUAUUCAUAUUUUCAACGGAGCAUCUCGCCUACCACUAUCUCAAGCUAAAAAUUUAAAAAAGGUUUUUAAGCAGAACGUACAUAUUUCCCAAGGUUACGGUAUGACCGAAAUGAGCCCCGUAUCGCAUUGCAUGCCUAUUGAUAGUGACUAUACCGAAUCUAUAGGCUUAACUAUUCCUAACACCCUUUGUAAAAUAGUCGAUAUUGACACUAAAGAAACUCUUUCCCCGAAUAAUAAAGGAGAGCUCUGCAUUAAGGGACCACAAGUGAUGUUGGGUUACUUGAAUAACCCAGAAGCUACGAAAGAAAUGAUCGUCGAUGGGUGGCUACACACAGGAGACGUAGCAUAUUACAAUAAUGAUGGCUAUUUUUUCUUGACUGAUCGAAUGAAAGAAUUAAUAAAAUACAAAGGAUUUCAAGUCGCACCAGCUGAAAUCGAAUCCAUUUUAAUCGCACACCCAGAUAUAAUCGAUGCUGCAGUCAUAGGGAUGCCGGAUGAAAAUGUUGGGGAACUACCUACUGCUUUUAUCGUCGCCAAAAAAGUCGUGACAGCUAAGAUGAUAAAUGAACUCAUAAAUGGCAAGCUAAGUGCUCACAAAUGGCUGAGAGGUGGUAUUCAUUUUAUAGAUCAAAUACCAAAAUCCGCCAGCGGGAAAGUUUUAAGGAGGGAAUUGAAAGCUAUCGCCCAGAAUACAACAACAAAUACAAAAUACCACAAAUUUAACGAAAAAUGAUAGAGAAAAAAUAUUUUUAUAUACUGCUAUGUAUAUCAUAAGAGCAAAUUUAAGGUUCUAUAUAAUUUUAUUAAUAUGGCCAUUUACUUAAUUUAUAAAAAUUCCAGUUUUCCAUUUCCAUUAGAAAAUAAAAAAAUAUUCAUUCUAUAUUAUAAAUAUCGUGAUGUUAUUUGGUGUUUUUUAUAAUAAACUUUUUCAGUAUUUUUCACAGCCUCAUAUUUAUAAAGGACAAUGAAUAUUGUUUGAUUUAAAUUAUUUAAAAUCAAAUCAUGAAUAUUUUUUUUUAUCAAGAGCAGCCCUUUUAUAUGGAAUAUCAUAAAAUUUAUUAUUAUAACUCCAAAAAUUUAU